AUGCCUCAUGAUACACCUUUACUAUCAAAUGCAAAUGAACUCGAAGCAAUUCCUGUCGAACCUAUAUUUAGUGAAUAUGAACAACAAAUAAGAGACGUAUAUAGUAAUUUAGCAGCAAAAGUUGAUUUUUCACAAUUUGUUGGCGAAGAUCAAUGGUGUGUUGUACAUUUACCUAAAUCAGCUCGAAAUGAACCAAAAUCACGUAUACGAAAAAUACUACCCGGUGGCAAAGAUGAAAAAAAUGACGGAAAAUCAUCAAAUCAAAAGGGUAGAUUUUUAAGUCGUUUUCGUUCAGGCGUUAGUUCACUUGUACGCGAUGAAAAUAAUUUAAUAUUUGGUGAACAAUCAAAUUAUGAGGUUAUGUAUUAUGACGACGAAGAAGAAGAUGGCAUUGAUACCGAUGAUUUACAUCGUUAUGCACAAAAAUUACGUGAAUUAGAAGAUAAUGAUAAAGAAGUUAAUCCUGAAUUUCUUGUUAUACGUAAUGGAAAAACUAGUUAUGCCGUAGAAGAAACUGAUGCUGAUGGAAAAAUGACUUUAGCAACACGAAAACCAAUCUACGAUCGUCUUGGCGAUCAAGCAACUGAGAGUGAACCAACGGAAAAAAAGAAAAUUUUAUCUCGUUUAAGAAAUCCAUUUUCUCGAAAUAAAAAUAAAGAUAACAAAGAUAUCAAUUCACCUAAAGCGGGCAAUGAUGGAUCGGAUACUAAUGGAAAACGAAGCACGAAGAAAGCAAGCAAUAAAAAUAUUGAUGAUGGUAUAGCAACUAGCGAACCAUUCAUGGAUUGA